AUGUCCAACAAAAUUAAACCUCAGAGAGGUUUGCGGCAAGAAGAUCCGUUAUCGCCCUAUCUUUUUAUAAUAGCGGCAGAGGUCUUUACUAUCCUAAUGAAUGAAGUUCAACAGAAAAAUCUAAUCUCUGACAUUAAACUUGCACCAACAGCCCCAUCUAUAACAUACUUACUUUUUGCUGAUGAUUGUAUUAUUUUUGCUGAAGCAAAAGAAGAGGAGGUUUAUCAGAUUAUUCAAGUACUUAAUCAAUACACUGAAGCCUCGGGUCAGCGAAUAAAUUUGGAGAAAUCAGGCAUUUCUUUUGGAAGUAUUAUUCCUAUUCAAACUAGGGCCAAUAUAGAGGAGAUCUUAUGUAUGGCAGCUUGGGAAAAUCCUGGAAAGUACGUUGGACUACUAGCUAGAUGGGAAAUAUCAAAGAACAAAGCUUUGGAAUGGAUAGAGGAGAAGGUUAUGAACAAAAUGGAAGGAUGGAAGGAGAAAUUGUUGAACCAAGCUGGAAAAGAGGCAGUAUAUUUUUCCAACAACAAUUUUUGGAAAGCUAGAGCGCAUAGAGGUGCAUCAUGGGUCUGGAGAAACAUUUUAGAAGGCAGGAAUUUUCUUAGAAGAAAAGGAAGCUGGAGCAUUGGAAAUGGAUCUGAAGUAGAGGUUUGGGGGGACAAUUGGGUUGAAGAAAAACACAGAUUGGAAGCACCAGAGAAUGCGAGAAGAAUGAAAGUUAAAGAGUUGUUAGUUGAAGGACAAGGAUGGGAUGCUAAUAAAGUUCACACCCUUUUUCCGAUUUACUUGUCUGAAAGAAUACUAAGAACACCUGUCAGCUUAGUGGAUAAGAAUGAUACUUUAAUUUGGCCAUAUAAGAUGGAUGGAGAUUACACAAUCAAGACAGGGUAUUAUGCAGCAAAAGAGGAAAAAAAGGAAGGAAGAGGGAGAGAAUGCAUCAACAAGCACAGAUCUUACAGCUCUUUGGAAAGAGAUUUGGAGAAUGCAAGUUCAACAAAAAGUAAAAUAUUUUCUCUGAAAGGCAGCACAAAACAUAAUAGCAGUUAA